GGGAUGAGGUUUCGCUUUCGCGGAGCCACAAUGGCGCCCUGGGCGGCGCAGUUUCAUAUGGAAGCGGUUUCAUUGCGCUUCAGCCCAUUUCGGCAUGAACAUGGCGGAUGGCGGACUGCCGGACUCAGAGCAGCAGGAAACUGAGAAGAUAGAAGAGACAAGACAACGAUUCAAGAACGAAUAUGUCGAAGAGUCCGCAGAAAAAUAUGACCCCAGGGACGUGGAAAGGCUGGAGAAGGAUGAUUCCUAUGCCAAAAGCUUCCUCACCUGGCGACAUUUUAUCGUGGAAGACACCUUGAAAAUGAUUGAUGAAAGUUUUCAAUGGAGGAAAGAGCUUGGAGUGAAUGACCUCGAUGAGAGCUGUGUGCCAAAAUGGACAUUCGAGACUGGGGCAGUUUACCUACAUGGCUACGAUAAAGAAGAAAAUAAGCUGUUUUGGUUCAAGGUAAAGCUUCAUGUGAAAGAUGCCAAGACCUUCCUGGACAAGAAGAAGUAUGUGGCUUUCUGGCUGGAGCGCUACGCCAGGCGGGAACCCGGCAAGCUCUUGACAGUAGUCUUCGACAUGUCUGACUCCGGGAUCAGCAACAUUGACAUGGAGUUUGUGAAGUACAUUAUUAAUUGCUUCAAAAUAUAUUAUCCAAAGUUUUUAUCUAAGAUGAUCAUGUACGAGAUGCCGUGGAUCAUGAAUGCGGCAUGGAAGAUCGUGAAGACGUGGCUGGGUCCAGAUGCCAUCAACAAGCUAAAGUUUGUGACCAAGAAUGAUGUCCAGACUUACAUCGAUGCCGAAUACCUUCCUCCACAUAUGGGAGGAACUGACCCCUUCAAAUACAGUUAUCCACCACUCCCUGAUGAUGAUUUCCAAAGCCCUCUCUGUGAGAAUGGCGGACCGAUCAUUGGCGACGAUGAAAAAGAAAGCAGGGAUGGAGACGUGGACCAGCUGGAGCUGAGCUUCAGCUCUGAUCAGUCACACAAGCCCAGGAAGGUGAAUUUUGCGGAAGAUGGUCUCAAAGUGGAGGAGGCCGAAAGAGCGGACACGCCAGGUCGGACUAAGGGGCCUCGGAGGCCAUCGACUACUUUCAAAGGACAGUUGCUUCACAUCAGUCCAGCAGAAGAGCUCUGCUUUGGAUCGAAGGACAGUGAGAAGAAAUGUCUGAUCAUCCUCAACAAUGUGACCAGAAAUCCAGUGGCUUUCAAGGUGCGGACAACGGCGCCAGAAAAAUACCGAGUGAAGCCCAGUAACUCCUCCUGUGAGCCAGGAGCCUCUGUGGACAUCAUAGUAUCUCUACAUGGAGGCUACCAGGCAUCUCCCCAGGACCGCUUCUUGGUCAUGGCUGCAGAGAUGGAGCUCAGCUCCGGAGUUACUUCUCCAGAACUUUCUCAGUUCUGGAAAGAAGUUCCAAGAAGCAAGAUAAUGGAACAUAGGUUACGAUGCCACACUUUUGAGAAAAACAAUCCUGUUCUGGGCAUUUUAAGCGACAGCACUCCCCUUGGUUCUGGGACUAAUGGGCAGCCGGACCUGCACAGCACGCUCAUGCGGGCCAUUGCCAGUAAUUCCAGGCUGGAGCAGAAGCUUGACCAGUGCCUGUGGCUCCAGAAGGUUCUGAUGAUUCUGGUGUCCUUCUUGACGGCCGUCUGCUUCUCUACCUUUUACAUGUUGUACACUGGAGAAAGGACACCUUGACCAGCAUCCCCUUCUAGAAUUCUCUCCUCCAGGCUUUCUCCUAGCCAGAAAAGAUCCUCUCGUGAGACAUAGAGAGUAACUUGUAGCAGCCAACUGCUGUUUCCUGCGGUGAAGGCAAAGAAAAGACGUACGUUCAUGUGGAGCCCCAUCUCGGUCUCAGAGUCUGACACUCAGGACUUAAAAGAGAACAAUGUAUUUUUAUUAAUCACCAUAAAAUCAUGCCAUUAUUUAUUGCCAUAAAACGUAAUCAUUUAGCCUGUCAUUUACUCUGAAAUGAUGUACAGUAUUUCCUCCAAAUUCGAGAAAUAAAUACAUUUUUAUUUA